UUCAUUUCCUCUCUGUCUGUCUGUCUGUCUCUCUCUCUCUCCCCCAAGAACUAGAAGGAAGCUGUUUUUUUUUUUUUUGGGUUCUUCUUCCCGAAUCAGAGCUUCUCUCUCUUUCCCCAUUGAUGGAUUGUUCUAAGCGAGAGAGCAGAGCCCAAAUCUGGUCUCUGGGAGCUUCAAAGCGGCCAUAGCUGAAUAGAGAGGAUCCAGCGAUCUCUUCUUCUUCUUCUUCUUCUUCUUCUUCUUCCUUCUGCUGUUGCAGCCGUCAAUUUCUCUCCUCUGUUUCUGUUAGGUCUUCUGUCUAAGGCAGAAAGGAGCGAUUUUCAGCUGUUGCGAGGCCGAUUCGACCCGAUUCUUCAAGGAACCUAACCAUGAGACCGCUUCAGCCGCCACAGGGCACCGCCGGAGCCUCGCGGAGCGGCCGUCGCCGCCAGAACCUCACCCUACCCGUGCCCCGGCGGGAACCCACUAGCCUCGCGGUCCCCCUCCCCCUCCCACCCUCUUCCAACGCCGCCCCUCCCUCUACGAGCCACCAGAACGCCAACAACUCGGGGAGCCCGGCCUACCCCCUCGACUUCUCCCACCUCGAGCGGGUCAACCGCAUCGGCAGCGGCGCGGGCGGCACCGUCUACAAGGUGAUCCACCGGCCUUCGAGCCGCCUCUACGCCCUCAAGGUAAUGCACGGCCACCACGAGGAGUCCGUCCGCGAUCAGAUCCUGCGCGAGAUCAAGAUCCUCCGGGACGUGGACGAUCCCAAUGUGGUCAAGUGCCACGACAUAUACAACCACAAUGGUGAAAUCCAGGUCCUGCUGGAGCUCAUGGACGGUGGAUCGCUCGAAGGGCUCCACAUCCCGAACGAGCGCGAGCUCUCCAACUUGACCUAUCAAAUCCUCAGCGGCAUCGCCUACUUGCACCGCCGGAAGAUCGUGCACCGUGACAUAAAGCCCUCGAAUUUGUUGGUCAAUUCGAGGAGAAAGGUCAAGAUCGCCGAUUUCGGGGUUAGUAGGGUUUUAGCUCAGACGAUGGAUCCCUGCAACUCCUCUGUUGGGACGAUUGCCUACAUGAGUCCCGAGAGGAUCAAUACCGAUCUGAACCACGGGAAGUACGACGGGCAUGCCGGAGACAUAUGGAGCUUCGGGGUCAGUAUAUUGGAAUUCUAUCUGGGGAGGUUCCCGUUUGCUGUGGGGAGGCAAGGGGAUUGGGCAAGCUUGAUGUGCGCAAUCUGUAUGGCGGAGCCACCGGAGGCGCCACUCACUGCUUCGAAGGAGUUUCGGGAAUUCAUCUCCUGCUGCUUGCAGAGGGAGCCCGCAAGGAGAUGGACCGCCACCCAGCUGCUGAGGCAUCCCUUCAUACUGCAGCACAAUCAGGUUCCUCAUCAAAACCUCCAGCAACUCCUACCUCCGCCACGCCCGCUCUCGUCUUAGUGCCUUACCUCCUCCUUCUUGGCUUUAUUCUCCCUGUUUUGUUGCUGAGUUUGGUUUCUCUGUAAUCCUGUUUACGAUGGGGGGGAGGUGGUUUCAAAUUUUUAGGGGAAAAAAUGAAAUUGGGUGGGAGGGGAAAUGGGAAUGGCUUUUUAACAUUCUAUCAGUUAAAUCUUGUUAAAUCUUUACCAGUAAAAGAAAAUCUGUCCGCCUUGGGCUGGUCUAAAGCUCGCUCCUUUUUCCAGUUAUUGAAAGCAUCAUCAGAUCAGAAUGAAUGUAUUACUGGAAGUUGAGGUUUGCUUACCUACUCAACUGCUUAUCGGUUAUGUUUCGUAAAGUGUUUGUUUAUCGGUUA